AUGAAUCCAUUCACAGGCACUAGCAGCAGAGGCGGCUUUGCUCCACGAAGAGGGCAAGGCCAAGGCGGUAGAUAUCCAUAUUUCAACAAGGUCAGGGAACAACCGAAGCCUGAUUUUACGAAACGCCCUCUCGGAGAUCUCUUCCAUACGAUCAGCGCGUCAGACCUUGACGUGGGAGCGAAUACUACCUCACACUCUACCGAGAUAUCUGGCUGCGAGUACGUUGCAUCCUACAACUGGACAAACGAAACAAGUCCUACUAUUGUCGUACCAGGAAAACCCCCAAAAUGGACGCCUCUCACAGAGCCACAACGCCUGAAAGAAGACAGUGGCCAAUACUUCCGCGACUUAAACGCCGCAAAAAAUCCAUCCUAUCCCAUGGCACCCGCUGUCAACGCCGUGCUCGAACAAGACUAUCGCUACCGCACUGACGACAUCGACAUCUUCGCCUGCGGCAGCACACUAGGAAACCUCCUCCGCUUCGCCCGCGGCGUCGACAAACCCUUCCGCUUCAACCUCCAAGUAAUCAACCGCACUGUCUUCCUCGUCCGCAAAGAAAACGACCCCAAGGAACUCAUCGAAGGCGUCCGAGGCUACGGCCACACUUUCCCCGAAGCCUACACCACCUGGGAGGACGACGUCAAAAACUCCAUCUCCCACCAACGCAUCAUCUGCUACAAAUUCGGCGGCCUAACUCAUCUCCUCCGCUUCGAAAGCGACGGCUACAUCCUCGACCUCUUACCCGAAGACACCACUCCACCUCCUCGGUCCGGUCCCAACGAAGACAACAACAACAACACUAAUGCUAAAAAUGAAGACAAGGAAAAAAACGCCUCCCCCGAAAAACAUCUCAUCCACUCCCUUCAAGCCCUCACCAUCCAAGCCCCCACCAUCAUCCCCUCCACCUCCACCAUCCCCCCUCACACCACCCUCUUCGACCUCAAAACCCGCUCCGCCAAAAACUUCAAAAAAAUAGACAUGACCGACAUCCUCCCCCAACUCUGGCUCAAACGCAUCCCAAACUUCAUAACCGCCUACCACGACGGCCACGGCCUAUUCACCGACAUCUCCGUCCGCAACGUCGAGCCCGACGUACAGGACUGGGCAGUCGAGAAUAGCACUGGGAUUGAAAAGUUUGCAGUGUUGUUACGCGAGUUGGUGAGGAUUGCGCGGGAGAAAAGUCACAGUGGGACUGAUGUGUUGAUGGAGGUAUAUUGUCCAGGGAAGGAGAAAUUGGAGGUUAGGAUGCAGGCUGCGGAGGGGCAAGAGGCGUUGCCGUGGUGGUUGAGGGAGAGGUGGGAGGGUAAUGGGAAGGAAGAGGGUAAGGGGCGGGCGGAUUCUCCGGUUGAGAAUGGACUUGAUGAUGAUGAUGAUGAUGAGGAGGAGGAGGAGCAGGAGGAUUUUGUUGGUGUGAGCAGGCGGUAUGAUUCGUACUAUGGCAGUGAGUAUGAUUCGGGAUCUGAGCCGGAUUAUACUGCAUGCUCGGCUGAUGACUGUGGGUAUUGUGGUAAGUGUUCUUAUUGA